UUCUGCCCGAUUUGGGCAAAGACACACACGAGCAACAAGUGCGACGGACCAAAAGAUAACGGUUGCCUCGACCUGCUACUAUCCAGAUCUAUUCGCCAACAAAGUCUCACACAGGUCGUACCCAAGCCAGACACUACUUACGUAGUAGGGAGGUGGAUUGCACAGGUGGCUGUCUAGCGGCGACGCCGAGCUUCCUCUUCCGUUGGUGACUUCCAUCUCGACCUUUGUUGUCGUAAUAGAUCUGGAACAACGCAACGCUCAGAACGUUUUUUUGGGACGCACUACUCUGUUGAUAACCACCUCAGCCGGUACCUACCUUCACCGCACUGAGAUACCCUCCUCCGGCUACUAUCUCUCUUUUAGAGCUAAGAUCGAGACCCUGGCCUGAUACCACAGAUACCCAAAGCUCGAGGAGAGGGUAUUAAAGUUUGCACCACCCCAGACUGCCCCCCUCUUUGCACCCACCUUCUUCUACCUCUCUUCCUUAGACCAAAAGCCAGACUCAACGUCUCGACAAGCUGAGCUCCCGCCUCCCUUGGGUCUCUAGAGGUCGUCUUGGAGCCUUAGCCGGAUCUCCACCACUCCAUCGACCCUCGAUAUUCCCACAUGUCAUCGGCCGAUAACAGAGGGCACGCCGACCUGGACACGAUUCAACCUCAGUACCACGACGUUACGCGCAGUCCCACAAUCGACGCCAUGUCUGCCCACGGCGACGCCAACAACACGGAGAUCCUAGGCUCCCACGCCCACGAGAAGCCCGUGAUCUCGAGCACCGACUCCGAUCUCAAAACCACCAUCCCGGCCGGUCAAUAUGUCGACGCCGAGAGCCAGCACCAGGUCGGUUCUGUUGAUCACGCGGAGCAGCAACCCGCUAAGCGCUACACUUGGGCCUGGUUUUACUUCAACUUCAGGCCUUAUAUCCACGCUGCCAUUUGGGCGCUUUUCACUGCAUGGUGGAUUUACGGCGCUCUGAUCCAUCACCGUCAUGACCAUCUUGGAUGGCUGAAACCCACCCUCGUCUAUCUCGCCAUCUGCGCGCGCAUCAUCUUCUGCUAUGUCCCUACCAGCAUCGUCAUGCGCCCUGCCAAGAUCAUCUGGAUGCACACGGUUCACAGGGGUUAUUCUCUGAUUCCCCAGAAGCUUCAUCAGCCUCUUGCUGCCCUUGGUACCCUUGGUGUCUUCCUCCUCGGCAGUAUGAUCCCGGAAGAGACCGGCGAGAACACUCGCGCAAAUCGCGCCAUCUCCAUUUUUGGACUCAUCGUCAUGAUCUUCCUUCUCACUGUCACCUCUCGCGACUGGAGGAAGAUUCCCUGGCACACAGUCAUUGGUGGCAUGCUUACCCAAUUCGUCAUUGCCGUUUUUGUCCUCAAGACCAAGGCUGGUUACGACAUCUUCAGCUUCAUUUCCGAAAUGGCCCGCACUUUGCUCGGUUUCGCCAAGGAUGGUGUCGUGUUCUUGACUGACGACACGGUCACCGCCAAGGGCUGGUUCUUGACGGGUGUUGUUCCUCCCAUCAUCUUCUUCGUCGCGCUUGUCCAGCUCUGUUACUACUUGGGAUUUAUCCAGUGGUUCAUUGGCAAGUUCGCUGUCUUCUUCUUCUGGACUCUACGCGUCUCGGGCGCUGAAGCCGUCGUUGCUGCUGCCACCCCCUUCAUCGGCCAGGGCGAGUCGGCUAUGCUGAUCCGUCCUUUCGUCCCGCACUUGACGCUUGCCGAAAUUCACCAGAUUAUGACUUGCGGCUUUGCCACCAUUGCCGGCUCUGUCCUGGUUGCCUAUAUCGGUCUUGGUCUUGAUGCGCAGGCCCUUGUGUCUAGCUGCAUCAUGUCCAUCCCAGCUUCUUUGGCCGUUUCCAAGAUGCGUUUCCCCGAGACGGAUGAAACUCUCACCUCUGGCAAUGUUGUUAUCCCUGAGGAUGAAGAGCACAAGGCCUCCAAUGCUCUUCACGCUUUUGCCAACGGUGCCUGGCUCGGUAUCAAGAUUGCCGGCAUGAUCAUUGCCACUCUCCUCUGUAUCAUUGCCAUUGUUGCUUUUAUCAACGGCCUGCUCGGCUGGUGGGGCAAGUACUGGGGCUUGAUGGGUCAGGACGCCAAACAUCCUAUGCUCUCACUAGAGCUUAUUCUCGGAUAUCUUAUGUAUCCUGUCGCUUGGCUGCUUGGCGUCCCUAAGCAGGAUCUCCGUCCUGUUGGCGAGUUGAUUGGCAUCAAGGUCAUCAUCAACGAGUUCGUCGCCUUCUCGUCGCUCACGAACGAUGAGCCCUACAAGAGCAUGAGCCCUCGUUCCAAGCUUAUUGCCACCUAUGCCGUUUGCGGCUUCGGAAACAUUGGAUCCCUUGGUACCCAGAUUGGUGUGCUUUCUCAGCUCGCUCCUGGGCGUGCCGGUGAUGUCUCCAAGGUCGCGAUGUCGGCUCUUUUCUCCGGUGUCCUGUCCACCUUGACCUCUGCCAGCGUUGCUGGUAUGCUUUAUACCGAACGAUAAAGAGCUGGUCUUGGUGUGCUUAUGAGGGAAGGUUGAUGUACAUGAGUAAUGUGUAAGAAGAGACGAGAAAGCCAGUUGUACGAGUGUGGGACCAUGAUACCCUUGAUGCUGAUUCAAAAAUUAAUAAUGCCCGAGGUUGUGAAUGAACGUCAGCCAGAAAAAACUGGUUUGACGCGUCAUCGACUCAAAUCUAAUGAACAAAAUGUCGAAGUACUCUUCAUUUUCCGCGCCUCGUUGUUCUCAUUAUGACGAGAUAAUUGUGUCAUCUCGUCCCAUAGAUUCUGUGCGCGAUGAUAUAGGACUUCUUGAUACUAUCUGAUCAAAUUAUCGGGACUGAUGACCGGCCUUCCUGAUAUUCUGCAUUGCUCUGGAUAUUGUUAUCGGACUGAAGAUGAGCUCCUUGUUUGGCAACCGUCUUAUAACUGUUCCUUAUGAUGGAGCGGUCCGCUCGUUUCGUUCGAAGCUCUAUUGUAGUGAGCAUUUCACCAUCAGCCCUCUAGUUCAGCUCUUGUCCUCUUGGACCGUUGAAAAAGGAUUGAUGACCCCUAGGCGCAGAACUCGAAGCGGCACACGGGAUACCUCAUUCAUAUAGGAUGCAGUAAAUCCUAAAGGUAACCACUCCAACUGUCUGUAUGGCUUCAAACAACCGGGAACUGUGCCUUGAGCUCGCGGUACUAUUAGAUAUCUGGGCGAGGCUUGAGGGGACUCGGACUGAACAAGUCAAUCUCAAAUCUUGGUGAUGAUCACAAGAUCCUUCCGUGACUUCACGGCAUUCGAAGAGGUAGGUGGUGAUCGUACGUCGGUUGCUUAUUGUCUGUCGUCCCAACGGCCACGACGCCGCCAGCUUGUCCAUUCAACCUCUCCCAUUUUCUGGAACGCCUCUCUGGUGCUAGGUACUCGUCAAUGUCGCGGCACCCAAAGAUGUCGUCGGCCCGCAAGCAGGCAAGCUCGUGCGGCGUUAUUGUGCAGCUAACGUCUGGUGUACCUUCUUAUGUACGGCGGGGCCAACUCCAGUGUCAGAAAAAAAAGCAAGGAGUCCGAAAACGACGUAUAUAUAGGUAGGUCUUGUCUUGUCUUGAACCUUCCCGGCUUCGUCUGGCUUCAACGAGCCGACGAUCGCUUCGGUUCCGAGGGUGUUGGGUCUAUCCCGCCUGCGUUGUGGUAGGCACAGUAGGGAAAGAACAACGGCAGGUGCUGAGUACCGAUUAGAGAACGAGACGAGAGUGCGAACUGGGCGAGUGCGGAGCCAGGACUGCUUUCGUAUGAUUAAAGGAUGGCAGCUUUGCUGCGGAUCAGAACGAUUGCGGGUCGCCUGG